AUAGCUUAAAAUGAAAGCUAAAAAGAAAAAAGAAAAAUGAAAAAGUGUGGAAUAGAGAGUAGAGUGGUGGUGAUUGGUGAAGGUUAGGCAGGGCAGGGAAGAAGACGAAGAAAUCCCUCUGCAAUGGCGGAUACCUCAAGUCGAUCCAGAGACCUCGACAAACUCCUUCUCCGACCCGGCAAUCUCGUCGGUCCCAGGUUCGAACCUGGCCCCGAGUUGCGUGAUGACCUUCAGGCCUUCGCCAAAGUGUUGGUGGUUGGGGCCGGUGGCUUGGGCUGUGAAUUGUUGAAGGAUUUAGCCUUGUCUGGUUUCAAAAACCUCGAGGUCAUUGACAUGGAUCGCAUUGAGGUCACUAAUCUCAACCGCCAAUUUUUGUUCAGGCUUGAAGAUGUUGGCAAACCCAAGGCCGAGGUAGCUGCCAAGCGUGUCAUGGAGAGAAUCAGCGGUGUGCAAAUUGUGCCGCAUUUUUGCAGGAUUGAGGACAAGGAGAUUGAGUUUUACAACGAUUUUAGCAUUAUUGCCCUUGGUCUUGAUUCCAUUGAGGCACGCAGCUAUAUCAAUACUGUUGCUUGUAGUUUUCUAGAGUAUGAUUCUGAUGAUAACCCACGAGAGGAGACAAUCAAGCCUAUGGUGGAUGGUGGGACUGAGGGUUUCAAGGGCCAUGCUAGGGUGAUCUUGCCGGGGAUCACGCCAUGCUUUGAGUGUACCAUCUGGCUUUUCCCACCUCAAGUGAAGUUUCCUUUGUGUACCCUGGCUGAAACCCCUAGAACUUCUGCUCACUGUAUUGAAUAUGCUCACUUGAUUAAGUGGAAUGAGGUUCAUGGUGGAGUGGCUUUUGAUCCAGAUAACCCUGAGCAUAUGAAAUGGGUUUAUGAUGAGGUAGUCACUAUUUCAUAAGGGCGUGUCAUUCCUGGAGUUACUUAUUCUCUAACUCAGGGUGUUGUGAAGAACAUCAUACCAGCUAUAGCUUCAACAAAUGCGAUUAUAUCAGCUGCUUGUGUGCUGGAAACAUUAAAGAUUGCAUCAGAGUGCAGCAAAACUUUGUCUAACUAUUUAACGUAUAAUGGAUCAGAAGGCCUCCAUACUGAAGUGGCAGAAUUUGAAAGGGACAAGGAAUGUCUUGUAUGUGGUCCUGGUAUACGUAUUGAACUGGACACUUCAAUCACUUUGCAAAAGUUCAUGGAUCUUCUGGAAGAACAUCCUAAGUUGCGAUUAUCAAAAGCUAGUAUUACACAUCAAGGAAAGAAUCUGUACAUGCAAGCUCCCCCUGUAUUGGAAGAAAUGACUCGAUCAAACCUGAGUCUCUCUCUUUUUAACCUCAUGGGUAAAUUGCCCAAGGAUGUUGUGCAUGUGAAUGGUACAACAAUCAAGAACGACCAAAAGUUCUCUUGUUUGAGAAAAUUACGUGUUGUUUUCAAGGGAGUUGACGGGGUUACAGAUAUGGAUACAGCCGGGGGAGCAUAACUUUGGACAUCCAAACGUGUUUUGAUGCUUAAUUUUUUCGGCUAUAUAAGCAUAAUUUAUGUAUCACAGCUUGUUUCCAAUAUUGGUCAGAUUUAUUUUGUGGGGGAGAAAUGUGCACGCGAGUAUAUGUGGCAACGAAUGGUUGAGAAUGUUGAACAUUCUGGUAGCUAGUUACUAUAAAUAUUUACUAAAGUGAAUUCAAGGCACCUAUUUAGGCUUUGGAAUGAAUAAUGCAUGCAUUAGAAUUUAGAAUGGCUCAGCUUACAGAGAUGGGAAAAGAUGCUAAAUAGAAGCCAUUGAACUAGUAGCUUUGUACUUUAGGGGGAAUCUCCAUGGUGGGCUAAAAUUCAGGGUAUAAUAUUAGCAGAUCUCUUUGCAUCGUGUUUGAAAAGAUUCAUUACCAAGUCGUGCAUUACAAGCGGUAGCAAGGUGGCAACUUGCGUUGUUUUUGGAGUUUCUAUGCUUUAUUUAGCAGUAAAAUGGCAAUUUGCUUCGAGUCUUUAAGAAGUAUUUAUAUUACAUGGAAUGGUUGUCUGUCUAUGGAAUCUUGCGAAGAUAAAUUCUAACCUAUACAAAAUCGUU